CGUCAUGACAGGGAAAGAAGCACAUUUCAAACUUUUGGGGAAGAAGUGUGUCCCAUAGAUCAUUCGAUGUGCCCUGUCCCCAGCUCUGUUCACCGAGAGCCCAUCUGCUGUGAGUGCCAGGCCAAAUUUGGGGGCCGCCUGCCGGUGCGCAGGGCUGAGGCGGUGCUGCCUUACUGGGUCCCUCUAUCCUUGAGACCCCGAAAGCAGAUCCAAAAGAUGGUCUGGUUUUAUGUCCCCCAAACCACCAAGGCAUGCCCCUGCCCAUGCCACCACUUUGGGGGCCGCCUCCCGAUGCCUAGGGAUGAGGCUGUGAUGCCCUACUGGGUGCCCCAGGUCCUGAGGUCUCACAAGAAGGUAAGAGGGAGGCUCGCAUGGCAGCGAGGCCUGAAAGUGAGAGGCGGGCUAAGGAGGGAGCCAGAGAUGAGGGAAAGGGUGCUGGGUUCUUUCCCCACAGUGGUCUCCGUUGAUGUCUGGGGGCCCUCUGGAAGCCGUGGCCUAGGGCAGCAGAACGCAGGAGAAGUCCCCCUGGACGUGCGCUCUGGGUACAACCGCUGGAGAAUCUGUGAUGGUGAAGGGCGCCGUCUCCUCAAGUGGCAGCAGCUCCAGGCCCUUCACCAGGCUGUGCCGGUGUCCCUGGGGCAGCCAGCAAGCCUCCCGGCCUCCCUCCUGCCCCUCAGCCUCAGCCUCCUGAUCGUCUUCCAGGCCCUACUGAGUGUCAUCGUGGCCCUCCGAGUGGCUGCGUCACUGUACACUUCCACAGCAAAGGAUGAGAGUUCUCACCUCUGUGCAUCCUCACCAGCACUCGGCAUUGUUAAUAAAACUUGGUUUUCGAGCGUUUCACUGCCCCAGGAGGGCAGUGGGCCCCAUGUCCAAUUCAUCAAGUGCCUAAUGAGUGGCCUCGGAGGUCCUGGCCCACCCAAUCCAGAAGCUCUCUCUGCCUCGUAAAGGCUCUUUUGCCUUCGCCAAGUUGUCGGGAUCCUGCCAACUCCAGGCUUGGGCUGUGUCUGCCCCAACAUGGAUGGGAAGCUAGAAUCUGAGCGCCAAGAGCUCGAGGCAGAAGAACUUCAACAGUUACACUGCACACUUGCUGGAGGAUCGCAGGCUCAAAGCAGAGAGCUAGUGAUUUUGCCAGCUUCCUGGAUGUGCAUUCUGGUUCUGCACAAAGAGCCACAUUCCUUCUGGAAUCGGGACCAGGACACAGAGAGACAGCAGCAGACACUGGAAACUGUCGUGAGGAUUUGAGAUUGUGAAUGAGAAGGCUGGGCCCCUAGUGUAUGCGAGAUGGACGAUUGGGUCGUGGCCAUCUGUGGGCCACUUCCCGGAGCCCAGGAACAAACGGGCCGAGGGGCCACCUGGCAUCACAUCUCGGCCACCUACGAGAGGGGUGACCCGGAUGUUAGCAGACGUCACUCAGGCAGAAGCUUGGAGGAGCUCUUACCCAUGUCCACUAGUCCUCGUGUGCCUCUGCUGUCUGUGUGAGCAGGGCCUGAGCUGCUUGGCUGAGGAAGGAUGGGAGACGCCCAUUCAUCCCAGCAGAACUACAGACAUGCCCACGGGAUGGUGAUUUUCCUCAGCCAGCGGGUUCCUGUGUGACUUGAGUGCAGCAGAACCACCGGAGAGGACUUGGACAGACCUUCUCCGUUCUGCUGUUCCCAGAAGGACAAUGGAAGCGGUUACUAACAGCCGUAUUCUUGGGGGGUGCUUUCGCCUCCCCUCACAUCAUCCGGACAGCUGUCUAUUUACACGGUUGGCCCAGUGGGAAGACUGACCUUAUUUCGAUUCUCCUACUGAGAGUGACGACUCAGCCUCAAGCGUCAGGGAUGCCGUGAUCGCAUGAGACACGGAGUUCAGCCUCGGCAGUGACCCCUGGAAGAGGAAGCAACUGGACGUUUCCUCUGCACAUUGUCUUGUGCAAAGAUACAAGGGAGAAGUUUCCUUGGUGCUGCCGUCAUUUGCUGCCCGCAUUCACGUCGGAAGCACCAUCUAUGAUUCAGCGAGAGGGAGGCUUAAGCCUGACAGACUCCACCUCCUGCUACACUGCACUCUACCCCCUGGACAGUGACGCCCCGAGGGAAGGGUCCAUUUCUCUCCAUCUCUGCGCCUACACAGCCCUGCACGCACGUGGGCCCGGAUGAUUCCUGGAGGAAGCUACCUCUUUGAGAUCCUCUCUACUCAAGUCUUCCCUGGGGCUGAUCCCGUCGAGCUGGAUGUGACCAAAGUCUUGUUCUAUCAGAUGUUGAAGGUUUAACGUCAGUGAAGGCUGUGGUAGAAAACAUCUCACAGUGCGGAGCUUCAGGCCACCACUCCUCACAGUUGAGAGGCUCAGCUCUUGCCCUAAGGGACGGAGAGAAAAGAGGAAACAGCUGGGUUCUCCUAUCUGCUUCUUCAUUCAAUCUGGUGCAUAUGAAAAAAGCCUGGCCACACACAGAUAUGGAUUUGGAAAUUAAGAGAUGUCAGCAUUCCUGUGGUCUGCCGAUCACCUCCUGUAUCCAUCAUGGUCCCACCAGGAAAGCAGCCUCCGCCAGAGGAGGACUGAAUUCAGAUGGCAUGAAAAUUCACCUGGUUUUGCCCUGUUCCCGUUCACCUGCCUCCUUGCACACCUGAGUUCAGGAGCCUCGUCCUUCCACUAGAGGGCGCGGCGUCAUAGAUGCCAACUAUGCCACCUGGGCUGCCCCAGUGUUCUGACCUCAGCCCUUGAGAAGCAGGUCCUGUCCAGCGUUCCCUCACCAACGGACACCAGGGCCGUGCAACACAACCACCCACUGCAGGCCGUCAGCAAACGGGCUGAAUGAAGGGCGGUCAUUAUCACAGCGAGAGGCCAACUGCCAGCCAUCCCACCCAUCCCUGAGACCCGUCUCCGCAAUGGAAACCCUGCCGGGCAACACAGCAUGAGCCCAGGUGGUGCUGCGGACGAAGGCUGUCCCCUUAGUGGUGAACACGAGGUGCAAAGCCCCUGCCAACCGUGUGUGGACUUGCAGCGUGGGCAAGAAGCAGAACAUCCCGGUAGUGGAGUAACCCAAAAGGCAAUGUCUCCAUCAAGCCAAGGACAUUUGUGGCUGUCUCUCCAAGGCCCUCGCUCACGGCUGGCACGUGCAGUUGAACUGCAGGCGGCCCCGAGCCCGCCGCCCGGCGAGGAGGUAAGGAGGCCCAUCCAGCGAGCACGGGGCAAUGGCAGAGGGGCUGUUUGCUCCGUUGGUUCCAGUCCAAGCUAGAAUGGCAUUCAGAGCAGAGAGAGUUUAUUUAAAGAACCCGAAAGGUUAAACCACUCAGUGUUCUGCAGAGUUAGAUCAGAGGUGUUUUUAGCAGUCUAGGCAAGUUUGACCUGGGCCGUAUGGGUCUCAUAAUUUAUCCUACAGUCUGACGUCUCUUGAUUCCAGAAUAUAGAGCAAAAUGCUGAGCAGGGAGCGGAAACCAUGAACCCACAUCUCUGGAGGCCGACUCUGUGCCGUGCAUCCUCCACAUGCAGCUCCCUGACCUCCCAGAACUCGGGGAGGGGGGGUUGUUACUGUCCCUCACAGAUGGGGAAACUGAGGUACAGGAGGGAGGAAGCCAGUGGCCUCAAGCGUCACAGCAGCAGGGGACGGAGUGGGGCUCUGGAGCCAGGCUGUGAUCCCAGCAUCCAAGCUGUCUUCCCGUCAGCCUCCCGCUGAGUCUGAAUCGGCAUCCCCAGCCACAGUCUCGCUCCUGGGCUCUGCUCUUUGCUCCUCUGGGCCUCGGACAGGUCUCCUCCGAUACCUCUGUUACUGCAGACUCAGCGGGUUUAAAACUGACCCUGACCUUCACCAUGGAAGGGCCAGCCACUCGUCCUACUCCAGAGGACACUGGGACCAGAUGGGCAAUGAGCCCCACCCGAGGCCCCGGCCACUCAUCCCGGGCUGUGUCCCUAAACUGCCGCCUGGAGCCUGCGACCCACGCAGAUGCGCAGCCGCCAGCGCACCCCUGCUGAUCCGAAUCACCAAGCCCUGAUCUAAACUGGAGAAAUCCUGGCAACCAAGAGGAAUCCAUAUUUAGUGGUGUUGUCAAAAUGGCCUUUCGAGAGCACAUUCAUCCUGCACCCUCGAAUUCAGGCAGGAAAGGGAAGGGGGAGCGAGAGAGAGAAGAAAAAGAAAAAGCCAAGAGUUUGUGCGAGCAUCUUGGAGACCCGCGGCUCGAUAAGGCAGGUGUCCUGCGGCUGCUUGAAGACCACACGGGAGGAGAGGCCGUCAGAGCGCCCACUGCAGUGUGCCAAAUCGCUGAAGCUCCGCGAUCCAGCUGCAGGAACCCAGAGGGCAAAGUGCUUAAGGAUGCAUAGAACGCGGCUUUUCCCAUAAUUAUUUAAAUAUGUGUUAACGAGUGCUGCAAACGCAGUCAGAGUGUGACGUUAAAGGAUUAAAACUACGGGCAAACGGAAAAGGAAUACUUUGAACAGUGGGGAGAGCACUCACGUGGGGAUCGAAAUCCCCCAAAUUUCUCUUUUGCCUCUAGUCCUGCUGCUCGGAGGACACCCAGCCUGACUGGGGCUCCAUUUUCUCAUCUGAAAAUGAACAGCGGAGGGGAGUAGAUGGAUCGGUCCCCCAGCUACAGAACUGCCUCAUCAUCAGGACCUGCCAGUCUCCUGAGUUUAACAAAACCAGAGAAUAAGAAUUGUCUAAGGAAAAGGAGCUUGCAAGAAGAUUACGGAACUUUGUGUGUUUUCUUAGCAAUAUAAACAGAGAAAAGACCCUGUUUUUUAAGCAAAGGAGUUGAGAAUACAAAUGAGCCAUUCAGAAAGCUCAGAGAAAAAUUUGAUGGACGGGGUGGGGGCUGUCAGACACUUGUGCCAUUAGCUCCUGGUCCUCUCGUCCCCUCUCCUCCCCGAGUGGAAGGCCAUGAAAGCAUCAACUUAGUCUAAGGUUCCUUUAAGGAGGGAGGAAUUUACACCACUUGCCAAUGGAGUGGAGGAAAUAUAGGAAUGACACUUCAUCAUUUUUCUUCCCCCAGCAAGGAAAGAAAAAAAGAAAAAGAAUGAAAGAACCCCAGUGCAAGACUGCUGCAUUCCAUGCCGUUGACACCCAGCCUUUAACUGGAACUGCUACAUCCAAAAUAAAGAAAGUAGUGAUUUCAGGGUAUAUUUUUGCCUACGUUUUUGAGGAUGUUUUGGGCCUUUCAUCUCCUUUGAAGGCGUGUCACCUAAUUACGCCGCUUUCAUCCGUGUAUUCCCCAGUCGGAACAUGCCAGUCCCCUGCACAGCAAUUGAUCAUGACGGACGGGUUUCCACUCUCCAGCUGGUGCAGAGCCUGGGUAUUUGUGAAUACCUGAAUAAACUCCUUUAAUCCAAAAACAAACUCCUCCUGAAAGAAACAGGCUGAAAAGGCCUUUCAUGGAGUGUUUUCCAACUCACUGGUUCAUGGUUUCUUUGGAUCUCACCCUGCUUCCUGUACUAAUGGUCUCUGAAUGCAUUCCCGACUGUGGCUUACUGGCCUGCCGAAGCCCCUGGCGUUACAGGGGAAGAAGGGAACAGGUAACACAGCAGAUGCUCAAAGGAGCUGCCAGCACUGCAUAGGUGGAAACUGGAACGAAAUAUAUGUGGGCGAGAGCGCUGUGUUCUUUCUACAACUUUCUUAAAGACGUGCUUCCUUAGGUAAUGUUUUAAAAACAAAGUUAUAGUCACACAUUACACACAUGUGGGAAUAAUCUGCUGGAUUAAAAGCAGCUCUCCCAAAUCAGCAUUGAAAGUUCAUAAAUACAAGGGCUGAU